CUGCACAAGCACAACAAACGUUGGCCUUGGGCUCUUGUCUACAUUGGAUAAAAUAUUUAAAUGGUCAAGAGGGUUUUACUUGAGAGUAUUUUUACUGCAAUUUUUGGGUUCUACAUCUAAUAGAAAAUUUUCAAACUUUGUUAAAUUCUCGGCGCUAGAAGUUGUGUAAUAUUUCCUGGAUCAUUGUAAUAAGUGCUUUACAGUUGGACCAUGGAUCAAAAUUAUGUUAGUAUGUGUUCCAAUUUGGAUAAUCAAAGUGAUUUUAGUGAUUGCAAACAUGAAACACCUAAAUUGAUCCAGUCAGCAUCUGAGAAAAGAGAAGACUCUAGGAAACAAGAUGCUGUGAUAUCAAAUCUUAAUGGAACAACUCAAUUACCUAUAUUCAACCAAACUGAAACCUCAACAUUACCAGAAACUCAUCAAUCAGAAUGUGACAACAUUACUGACAAUGAUGUUGAAGAACUCAACUUGGCAAAAGAGCAAAUGAUCACUUAUGUGGCAAAUAGCCAAGCGGAAGAUAUUUUCUUUAGAAGCCAGCAACGUGAUGAACCAGCACUUACAGCUGAGGAGAAGAAAAAGAUUGCAGCGUCAUUGUUGAAAUCAAGUCCUUCAAAUUUCUUAGUCAGGUUUGGAAAAAUAUUGAAUCCAAAUCACCUGACUUACUUUCAUCAAUUUGAAAACAACUGUGAAGUUUUAUUUCAUCUUCAGCAGCUGGAAAAACAGAAUAAAUUAACACAAACUAGUGUUAAAAACCUGCGUUUCCAUGCAAUGAAUGAAAUGAUAAAAGAAGGGAAAUAUUUCAGCAUGGAUGAAAUGAGGAAAAGAAACCCAAUAUUAUUUCAUGAGCUUGUUGAGAAAUAUAUGUCAUCAGAUGAAAAAAGAUUGUUAGAACAGGAACAACCAAAGCUAUGUAAUCUUUCAACAAUUUUCAUGGCCCACAUAGAUGGUGAUUCUGAGAAUUCUAAAAGGAGAAAUGAACAACGAGCUGAUCAAUCAGCUUGGGAUGAGGCAUUAGCUUGCGAAGAGGAAGAAGAAGAGGAUGAUGAUGAUGAUAUAGAUCAAGAAGAAAAGAAAUUCUUCCGCGAUGAAUUUAUAUCAAGUAUGUAUAGUAGCUUUCUCAGUGGGCGUGAUGAAGAAUUCGACUACAGCCAAAUUGAUUCUUCACAUCCCAAAGACGAUGUCAUAUAUGAAAGAGAUGCCGAAGAACGAUACUUUGAUAGUGACUAACACAAUAUUAAUUCGCUGUAUGAAAUCUUCCAAAUGUCAUGAUUUGUAAUGAAAGUAAAUAAAAAAAAAAUUCAAUAACAAAA